UCGCGAGUUAGUUGGGAGGAGUUGGCUGAGAUAGAAGUGGGACGGAGGAGCAAGCAAUCUAGCUAGCUACGGAGCGAGCGAGCGAGCGGCCAACAGGGGAGAUAGGUGUAGACUUUUCUUUUAUUUGCUUCAACUUUUAUUUUAUUUGCUUCAACUUUAUCAUUUCAUUUUUCAUUUGGAUAUUUUGUGCACACAUUUUAGACGGAGAGGAGUAGCAGUAGGGUUAGAGGCAAAGUUCGGAGUUACUGUUGCGUGAGGAUUUUUAAGGAGUUUAUUUUAAACCGGAGCGGAUUUCACCUGGAGAAAUGGCCAGCAUCGUCAAUCUGUUCAGGAGACUGAGGGACAUGGUAUUCGGCGAGAGGCCUGAGCCCAAGAAGUCCAGGGCUGCUGUGCGCCCAGAUGAUUCGGUGACUGUCAGGCCUGUGGUAUCACGUGCGCAACAGGAGAAGGAUGAGUCGUUCCUCUCCUGCGUGCUGGCCACUUGCUCGGAGGCCCGCAUGAGAGAAAAGGACACGUUGAGGUACUCCAAAAAUCUGGCCGUCAAGGCAAUUGCGGAAAUCAUGGGACGGAUUCCGUGCUUUACGCACCCUGAAUUGGUUCUUGCUAUGGCGCUGGAGGCUCUUUACCAACUGAGCCUCAUGAAGCCCAAAUUGCCACUGAAGCUCCACAGCCUGAUUGUGCACGCAGCCUUUGCGGCUGUCGUUGAGGUGAAAACUGAGCCCGACAGACAUGAGCUGGACGAACGUUAUACUCUGAUGCUGGGAGGCCUCCUCUGGGAAGCCCCAAGCACUAAGCUCCUGAACUUGCUGAUGAAUGAACUGAGAGGUUACACCAAAAGUCCGGUUGCGGCGGAGAGGCAGCUGGCAGCCAGUGGCAUUGGCUCGCUGAUGUCCUAUGCCAAGGCGCUCCGUCGCCUGAAGAAUGUUCUCAUCCCUCUGGAGCUGGCUCACUUCUGCCCCAAAGAAGAUGACAUAAUGCUUAGUGUCGAUUUCAAUUACGGUGAGAAGACCGAAGUCUAAGUUUUGAGGCUCAGCAAUUAUGGAGCGGCAAUUUUUGCUUACUGUUUCAUUGUGUGUGUUGUUGCUAAUUGUGAUCAUUGCUGUUGUUUUCAAAUUAUUUCCUAUGCAAUAGUACAGUGGUACCUCAGGUUAAGAAUUUAAUUCUCAAUCUCAGUCAGUUUUAUUGCACAUGGCCAAAGGCUGCCACAAUGUACACAAAAUUAUUUGACAAUUAAAAGAAAAUAUACUGAAUUGAUAAAAAAAGACUUAAAACAUUUAUAUAAUUAAAA